AAAUUAAUACUAUUAAAGAGCCUUUAAGAAAACACUUUUUUUUUUAAAAUUUUAAAAUAAAAUUAAAAAGAGGGAAUACCACACAAUAUGGCUCUUUCACCCCCUCUAUAAAUGCCACUCAUUUCCCCUUACACACCUACUCAGAGUUCAAUUUACAAAAAUCAUUUGUCGAACAAAAUGGGGUUUGUUCCAACAAAGUCCAUUGGGUUUAUUGUAGCUUUACUACUAGUUACUUCAUUCACAGUUCUUGGCCAAAAUGUUGAUGGCAUUGUGACUUCAGAACUAGCUCCUCAUUCCUCUGUUAGCUCCCCACCUGUUGAAGCCCCUAAGCCUCAUAAAGGUGGCCACCACCACCACCACCACCACCACCAGCACUCUCCAGCCCCUGCUCCUCCUCCUUCUCACUCUUCACCACCACCAUCUCCACCAGUUAAACCACCGUAUCCACCUGCACAUUCUCCUAGUAAACCUCCAUCUCCGCCAGUUAAACCACCAGUUAAACCGCCAACUCCACCAGCACAUUCUCCUAGCAAACCACCAUCUCCGCCAGUUAAACCACCAGUAAAACCAUCUCCACCAGUUAAACCGCCAACUCCACCAGCACAUUCUCCUAGUAAACCACCAUCUCCGCCAGUUAAGCCACCAGUAAAACCAUCUCCGCCAGUUAAGCCUCCAGUAAAACCAUAUCCGCCAGUUAAACCACCAACUCCACCUCCGAUGAGGAUGUUUGUAGGCGUAAGGGGAGUGGUUUACUGCAAAUCUUGCAAGUAUAGGGGAGUUGACACCCUCUUGGGAGCUUCUCCUAUUCAAGGCGCGGUGGUGAAGCUGGCAUGCAACAACACAAAGUUCCAUCUAACAAGUCUAGGCACAACAGACAAGAAUGGGUACUUUUAUAUUCAACCGAAGUGGUUGACCACUGCAGGUUACCACAAGUGCAAGGUCUUCUUAGCUAAAUCAUCAAAAGCAGAAUGCAGUGUCCCAACAGACUUCCACAAUGGACAGAGUGGAGCCAUAUUGGUCCCUGCACCCCCAUCUCCCAUGGCAUCAUCAAAGCCUGUGAAUAAUUCUGAACCUGGUGUUAAGCUCUUUGAUGUGGGCCCAUUUGCUUUUGAACCUUCAAAGAAUCUGCCCUGCAAGCACUAGUACUGAGAUAUUGAGUGGUCAUUGUGAGAUUGUUGUGUACUACAUGGGUGGGAAGUGAGUACUAGAUUGUUUGGGAAGUGGGAAGUGUGUUUGAGACUUUUUUUUAUUUCUUGUUUUAUUGUUACUUUUUCUUGUUUUUGCGAAUUCUAAUAAUGAUUUAGUAGUAUUCUAGGGUGCUUGCUUUGAUUAUGUUUGGUUGGUUUAUGAUACAAUUAAUAAAUGGACAAAUAAUAUUAGAAGUAUUUGGGGCUGACCUGGCA